UUGAGAUGACUGUCAAUGAUUUCCAGAGCCUUUCAAAGAAAACGCGCAUCAUAUUUCUUGGUUCUCCUCCUGUCAAUGAGCCACAACUUCUGGGAAACAGCGAUGGGAUUCAUCUUACAGCUGAGGGAAGCAAGAUAGUUGCAAAAGAGAUCUUGAAAAUCCUCAAAGAAGCAGAAUGGGAACCCAACUUCCACUGGAAGUCAAUGCCAACUAUAAAUUUCUCUGAUCUGCCCUUCCCUGAAGGUUUGGAUUGGGACUAGAAGUAUCCUUGGAAACAGUCACAGAAUAUAAGGAUGUUAAUUAAUAAUUACAGAGGGAUCAAUUAUUCCUGGUUUACCAGCAUGGCAAUGUUGUGAAGUGAUUGUGAUUCUGAAUAUAUACUUUGAUUGAGCCAAUGCCUAAGGUGGCCUUAUGAAUUCAUAAUUUGUUCUUUUUGUAUUUGAUUUGACAUGGGGUAUACAACUGGGAAAUUACGGUUCA